UAGAUUCCCAAAAGAUUAGACCAAAAUAAGCAAAGCAAAGAAAAUCAAAAUGAAUUUUUGGUUAAUCAUAUUUUGGACAUUCCUAUCAACAUCGCUAAGUUAUCUAAAAGUCAAAUACAAUUAUUGGGACCUGAAAGGCAUCAAACAACUAAAGCCCCACUUCAUAUGGGGAAAUCUGGCCAAACUGAAGAGUUUGGAUCACAGAUAUUUCAUGCAAGAAGUCUAUGAUGCCUUUCACAAACAAGCCAAAGUGGCGGGAGCCUAUAUUUUCACCAAACCCAUUGCUGUUAUACUCGAUUUGGAAGUGGUGAAAACGCUGUUGAUCAAGGAUUUCGAUAAAUUCUCCACACGUUUGGUAUAUCACAAUGAUAAGGACAUACUCUCGAGAAAUUUUUUCAAUCUAGAGGGCGUUGAAUGGAAACCCUUGCGAAAUACGUUUUCUCCCACAUUUUCUUUGGAAAAAAUGAAGUUCAUAUUUCCCACCAUAAAGAGGAUAGCAGAAAAUUGCCUGCAGGCCUAUGAAAAAUGUCUGGAAGAAGCAGAGGAUCUUAAUAUCACAGAUCUGAAUGACCGAUAUGUUACCGAUAUAACAGGAGAGGUUCUGUUGGGCCUGGAAUGUAAUAGCCUAGAAGAUCCCAAUAUUGAGUUUCGACAAGUUUGCAGAAAAAUGCUUAGAAGAUCCAACUUCAACAUACGCUGGCAUAUUUUCAAGCACACCUAUGUUAACAUUAUGAAAUAUUUUGGUCACAAAAAUAUCUCCCAUUGCAUAGAGACUUUCUUUAGGGACACUGUCUGCACUAAUAUUAAGGCUCGUGAGCGACAGGCCAUAGUACGCCAUGACUUUGUUGACAUUUUGCUGGAAAUGAAAACCACAACGGAUAUGAAUUUGAGCUAUGAGGACUUAGCCUCACAGCUUUUUAUAUUUUUUGUGGCAGGUUUUGAGACCUCUACAGCCACCAUGAGCAAUGCCUUGUUUGAGCUGGCAAGACAUACACAAAUACAAAAGAAAUUAAGAAAAGAAAUUUUGAAGGUAUUGGCAAGUCAUGAUAACGAAUUGAGCUAUGAGGCCUUAAUGGAAAUGAAGUAUUUGGAUCAGGUGAUCAAUGAAACUCUGCGUAUUUAUGCCCCCUUAUCCUAUUUGCAACGCAUAGCCAGUGAGGACUAUCAAAUACCUCAUACAGAUAUUAUUUUGGAUAAAGGCACCGAAGUCUUCAUACCAGUUCGUGCCAUACAUUAUGAUGCUGAAAUCUAUAAAAAUCCCCAUGAAUUUCAACCUGAACGCUUCAGCACCCAUGAAGUGGCCCAACGUCAUUCGCAAGCCUUUUUGGGUUUUGGAGAUGGUCCCCGAAAUUGCAUAGGCAUGCUCUAUGGUCGUAUACAGGUGAAACUUGGUCUAGUUAUGCUUUUGAGACAUUUUCGCUUUACGCACUCGCAGAAGACAUGCCAGGAAAUAGAGUUUUCAAAUCACCAAUUUGGCACAGUGCCAGCAGCUGAUAUUUAUCUAAAGGUAGAAAAGUUAGAGGGCAUGUGUUGA